AUUCCGUCAAUGCCCAGCCGGGGGGGGGGGAACGUAGGGCCUAAAUUGAAAGGCGCCCGCUCUCGCCAAGCGCCGUGCGCGUGUGUGCCUGCGCAGCCGGUUGGAACGAAGGGCGACGCCCGUUGUUUAGCGGCGGGUCUGCUUGGGGUUGCCGCCUUCGGCCGGAUCGGCGGCGGCACAUAGUCCCGCAGAAUGUCAACUACGCGACUUGCCACACGCUCGCCCCGGGCGUUUCGCAACGGGUUCGAGCGUCGUCGCGAAAUUGAUUGGCGUCGCCCCUCAUGGCUGCGCGGGCGCCUUCUUGGGCGGCGCCCGGGCCUUUGCCCGGGCCCAAUGGCCUGGUGGCCGCAAAUACACCGCCCGGGCACCUUCAGACAGUUUUGCAAACCCCCGCCCGGGCCGCGCAGGACUUGUUUGCCGACGAUUUCGCGGGGGCCCCGGAUCAGAUGGACGACCUGGCGCUUCUUUUUCGUGCAGAAGCGCAGGCGGCUGGCCCGCGGGGCGAUGGUUGUCGCCGUGCUGCAUACGCGGGGGGGACGGCCGCCGCCCGAGCGGGCCCGCUUUGUCGACGACGGGACCGAGUUCGCCCCGAACGUAGUCCGGCGGGUAUUUCAUAGACUUGCGCUCUUUGUAGAGCCAGUCUUUUUUCCCGUGCAGCUUAAGUUGGCCGGGGCGCUCUAUGGAGUUAGUAU